AUGGUCAAAAUCGCCUUGCAACUCAAAGCAACUUUGGACAAUGUCACGAAUUUCCAUAUCGAAUCUCUCGAUGAUUUCAUCUGGUAUUUGAAAUUAGAUUGUAGCAAAUGUCAUACACAAUCAGAGAAAUAUCAUGAUAUCUCCCUAAAAGAAUCAUCCAGUAUUGCUGGAAGUCGUGGCGAAGCGAAUUUCAUCAUGAAAUGUAAAUUUUGUUCUCAAGAAGGAAAUAUCAAUAUCGAACCUGUCAAACCGGCUGCCGAUUACACAAGUGAAGAUUCCGAUGACCAUGCAUUUAAAACAAUUGUCAUAUUUGAUUGCCGUGGCAUCGAACCCAUUGAUUGGCAACCGGGUGAAGGAUGGGCAUGUCAAGGUGCGGAAUCCAAUACGAAAUUCAGUGCAAUUGACCUGUCAGAAAAUAAGGAAUGGAUGGAUUAUGACGAAAAAGCCAAACAAGCUGUCGCUAUUAACGAGAUCGAAUUCAAAUUUGUUAAAGUUAAAUAA